AUGGAUGCCAACUCCGUAAUAAACGUCAAGAGCCGAAUUCUCUACACAUCCACUAGCACCACUAUGGCCAUUGUAAUAUACAAAGAAGUUUUUAAAAAGGAAAGCUGCCAACUUCCAUUUUCUGCAAUGCAGCAUUUUUUGCAGUAGAUGUCGCCUCUAAUAAGUAAAGAACCUGCCCUUUGGGUUUGUUCAUUAAAAAGAUACGGUAGAUUUUGUAGGGAUGAGAGUAUGGGGUGGCCUGGAUAUUAUUAAUGACUCGAGACGAUUUCCCUUACAUUUCAUUAAUCGUCUGAUAUGUCCCGCUCCCCCCUCCCCGCGUCCCCCCCUUUCUCUCUCUCUCUUCGUCCGAUGACCUCAAUGCAAAUAAACCUAUCAGAUGUGCCUAAAUGACUGGCAAUUUUUUUUGUGAAUGGAAUACUCAGUGACUGGAGGAUGACGUAAUUCGGGAGCUGGGGUUUCGUGGUCAAGCGUGGAUUGGUUUUAUAGUUGACAACCGAGGUGCUGAUUGGCUGGCGGGCAGCUCGUCGAACGCCUACACACUUUUGCCCUGGCGGUAGAUAUAAAAGGGGGUCGUUGGGCACGGAAGACCAUCACGACUGGGAAACGCACACCGAGGCCGCCACCUGCACUACGCUUUCCUCAACAAGCUUUGCAUCUGAAGGUAAGUGCGUUCUCCUUUUAUUGACUUUCCAGUCCAGGGAGUGCUGAAAAGGCUUCUCAGUGGCGGAGAACUUGCAACUCCUCAAGUUCGGAGGAUGUUAGGCUGAUGCUGGGUCUUGUGGCGUCUCGUGCUUCUCUCCUUGGAUUCUUGAGCAGAACGGCUUUUCCCCCAGAUAUGCUUUGACAGGUAUUAUUUAUUAGUCACUUGCUUCGGAAAAGGCGUGAGCGCAGAGAAACGCCUAGGUUGCAGAACGGCAGUUUAAAACCAUUUCCCUUUCUGCAAGGUGAAAAUCCCCCUUUCGUUCGUGUAGACUAGAGGCUGCCCGUUUAAUCCUGAGUAUUUUAUCAAUAAGAGUCGUGCAAAAAUGGCACGUGGGAGAUGCCUUCAAGAAACCUAAUUUCGUGUAAUUGGGAAUGCUCCUCUGGGUAUGACCGCCCCCGAGAGUAACUCUGCUGCAGCAAAUAAGAAUCUCGUGGCACCUUCAAACUAUUUUAUUGCAGUCUGAGCAAUAAAAGGGAACUGCCUGCUUCCAUCAGGUGCAGGAAGGUGUUGGACCCAGAGGCGUGGCAGGGAGGGGGAGAGGAACCGUUUUACAAAAUGAGUAGGGCUGCAUCUCUAUACCCAUUUACUAGGAAGAUGUCUCCAUUGAAUUCAAAGGGAGUAGCUAUAUAUAGGAUUUCACCGUAAUGAACUCAUCUUGACACUACAGACACAACUCCUGGCAUAAUAUAGUACUUUCCUUUAAGAUGCCACAGAGCUCUUUAAACAAAAGUAUUGCGUAUGCAAAUGUAUUAUAUUCCUUACAAUUCCUGGAUUUUGUUUUUCAGAAACAAUUUUAAAAUCCUCAUUUCCGUAACAGGGCUAUUUAUUUAAAUGAGGACACCCCCCCCCCGAUUUUUCAAGUAAUCAUUUAUUUCAGCGCAAAGGAUUAUGCCUCCCCACCCUUCUUUUCAAUUUAAAACAAAAUACACAAAAUUUCUACAUGCAGUUAUAAAUGCAGAUCUGGCCGCAUUUUAUUCGUUUUCCUUUGAUCUUUCGCGCUCGACCCGAUUCCCAGCAUGGCGUGAAUAUUAUCAACGAUUUCAUAGUAUUGGUCCCCAUCUGUUGAUGAAGUUGACAUGGUUGCCUUCUGUCCUCCAGCUAUAUAUCAACUCUGCGAAAUUUCCCAAUUUUCUUCCUACCUGAGCAUUGGCGACAUAGACAUUCUUUGAAGAUAACACUUCCAAAAUAAAACACACACAAAUCCUACCAAAUUGCGGCGUGGGGACCUCGAUGCAAAUAGCAGAUGAUCCCAUGACACCCCCCCCUUUUAAAAACCUAGGAAAUUAAAGCAUCCUUAGAACCUCGAUCCUAUUACGCAUGCUAACGCAGAGCUGGCCGUAAUCCAGUGGGGGGCUUCUUCCCAAGUGAGUUUGCGCAGGAUUCCAGCGUUAGGAUGGGAUCAUAGCUGUCAACGUUUCCCCCUUUUUAAGGGAAAUUCCCUUAUUCCGAAUAGGAUUCCUCUCAAGAAAAGGGAAAAGUUGACAGCUAUGGAGCGGAUCCGGAAAGAUGCAAAGCGUGGGAAAUGGCCCCUCUUUGAACGCAGUCCUGUUGAUUUUGCAGAGACAACGCUAUGGCCAUGA